ACAUGUUUUUUAAAUUCGUAGUUCUGUGUGCUUUGGUGGCACUCUCCCAGGCAGGUCUCCUGCCCGAGCCACACUACUCCUCCGCUGCGGCCGUGUCCUCUCAGAGUAUCGUGCGCCAUGACCAGCCCAAGUUCUUGGCAGCUGCACCCGUUGCCAAACUGGCUGUCGCCGCUCCUGUUGCCUACCACGCCGCCCCAGCCGCCGUGACCUAUCAUGCUGCCCCCGCUCCCGUUGCGUACCACGCUGCUCCUGCCCCUGUUGCGUACCAUGCUGCCCCUGUAGCUAAGGUUGUGGCUCACCAAGCCGAAGAGAUCGCCUACCCCAAGUACGAGUACAGUUACUCCAUUUCCGACGGUCAUACCGGUGACCAGAAGUCCCAGCAGGAAGUUCGUGACGGUGAUGCCGUGAAGGGCUCUUACUCAUUCCACGAGGCUGAUGGCUCCAUCAGAACCGUUGAGUACACUGCUGACGACCACAACGGUUUCAACGCGGUUGUACACAACACAGCUCCUAGGGCGGCUCCAGUCGUCGUCAAGGCCGCCGCUCCCGUCUACUACCAUCACUAAAUCUGAAAUUCAACUAGUCAGUUUGAUACUGUGAUCUAUUUAUUGAAAUAAACGAAUAAGUUCAAAUGUUAAUAGCCGGUUUUAAUAUUCUGCUUUCAAGCUAUGAUACCGAGUUAAUCAUAAAAUUUUGCCUUCGAUAAAAUUUUUGCUUCACUACAUAGUAGUUUUGAAAAGACAUCCAAAAUUAAAAGGGUUAAACAAGCUAAAUAAAUUUUUAC